ACACCUUUCUUUCUUUUUUCAUUUACACUUUUGUUUCUUUCUUUGUUUUCUUUGUUGGUGCCAAGUUCCGAGUUCCAAUGGGUUGUGUUGGAUCAUCACAGUCCAAGACAAAUGGGGAGGUAACAAAGCUCCGAAAGCCUAAGCCUUGGAGGCAUCCUCAACCAAUAACAAGGACUCAUCUAAUGCAGUUGCGAGAAGAAUUUUGGGAUACAGCUCCUCAUUAUGGUGGCCGGAAAGAAAUUUGGGAUGCUCUUCGAGCUGCUGCAGAUGUUUCUGAUCGAACUUUAGCACAAACUAUUGUGGAUAGUGCUGGUAUCAUUGUCCAGAAUAAUGAUUUGACAGAAUGCUAUGAUGAAAGAGGAGCAAAAUAUGAGCUACCAAACUACGUUUUGAGUGAGCCAACUAACCUGAUUCGGGGCCGUUGAUAACAGAGGAUAAAUAGUAUAAGUAAUCAUUUGCGGGAAAGUGAUGUAAAUCAUGUAUAUAAUGCAAUGUCGUUAGUUUGGUAACUCGCACUAACAACUCUUAUCCCUAUCCAUAUGCACUCACUUCUAAC